AGGCAUUUGUUUUGGGAUUUUUUUUUUUACUGGGGGUUUGCUUAGGGUGGAAGGCCGUAUUUCGUUUUCUUCUGUCCUCAUCGCCAUGGCGCCUGUCAAGCACCGCAAGAUCGUGAUGUUAGGUUACCCUUCAGUAGGUAAAUCUUCCCUCGCACUUCAGUUUUUUAAAGGGGAUUUUCCUAAGGACUAUGAGCCUACCAUUGAGAACACUUGGAGCAAGACCUUUGUUAUGGGGAGCGAUGAGUUUGAGUUGGAUGUGGUUGACACUGCAGGGCAGGAUGAAUACUCUCUGCUUCCUCAGUCAUUCAUCUUUGGGAUCCAUGGAUACAUUGUUGUUUACUCAGUGGCAUGCUCCAGAAGCUUCCAGAUUGCCCGUGCCAUUCAUAGCAUUCUUGUGGACAAGCGGGGAAAGUGUCUGCAAAAAUACCCACAUUUUUUUUGAGUUGACGUCCUUUAAAACUCCAUUUGGCAUGCCUAUAGUCCUUGUUGGGAAUAAGAAUGAUCUGCCAACUCACUGCCGUGAAGUGAAACCAGAAGAUGGGAAAAAGCUUGCAGAGUCUUGGGGUGCCGCAUUCCUGGAAGUUUCAGCAAAGGACCCUGAGAGGAGCAAGCUGAUCUUUACUAAAAUGAUUGAGGAAAUUGACCGCGUUGAGCGAUCCUUUGAUGAAGAGAAGAAAUGCUGCGUCAUGUGAAAUUCAUCCUCCCGCACCAUCUGACUAGAGGAGUAGCAGUAGUAUAUGUGAAGCCUGGCAGAUGAGACAGAUGAUCCCUCUGUCCAGUGAUGUUACUGCAGCAGACCUAUGCACCGAUCAAUGCAAUCCUUAUUGGCCCGGCAGCGGGGUUACAUGAUGUUUCCUUUGCUGGGUCCGACAACACUUUCAUUUUGAUGCUUUCACUAUGGGAACUGAUUGAACUGAUUCAUAGCAUUUUGUUUUCCAUGUUUGUGCUGUAGCUAUGUCACGGAUGAGCACCGAUUGCAACAGCAGUUGCAUUUACAGUAUCAACCCCUUUUAAUAGAUAUAUUGUGUAUCAUGCAGUUUGCACAAACUUGCAGCAAUGCUGUUGACCUGUACAUAUAUAUUUUUUGUGUGUAACCUGUUACAGAGCCUAUUUAUGUUUAAAAAGAAAAACUUGUAUUUGUCAUGGGGUGGGGGUAGGAAAGGGAGGGGAUAAGAUUAUUUAUAUACUUAGUUUCAUUAGUUACCUCUCUUGAAUGAGGAGGGGUUGAUUUUGCAGUAAUGUGAACUUAGAUUUUUUUCUGAACAUUGGAUAUCUGAGUAUAAUCCCUGGAAAUGCUGCAGUGUCUCUGCUCCUUUCAAGAUUAGAAGGGCAGAUGCAUUUAUGAACUGUUUACACAAGAUUCCUGGUCUGCCUGGCAGGUCCCUAAGGCUAUAGUUAGAAGACUGAAUGAAACUCCUAGUGAAAUGAUGCAGUUGGCAAUCCCUAAACCAUGCACAGUUCUUGUUUGGAGAUUCCCCUGUUGGAAGUCUCUAUUAUUAGCCAUAGGGCCAACGCUCGACAUUGUGCAGGGUGAGCAUUAUAAGAGCAACAAGUUGCCUCAGGAGACUUUGGUGUAGCUAAUUGCACUAACCCUAACUGGGUGUCAGCCAGCUGCUUUUCUUUUGCUUUUUAAGCAAGGUCCUCACCAGAGCAGACAAACUAGCUGCCCACGUGGCCCCUGGCCUAUAUGUGGAAAAGUUUACUUGCUGUUUAGUGAGAUACUAAAUGGCUUGAUCUUUGACUAUUUAUGUGCCUUUUGUUAUUCUGGCCAGCAGUGUAUGGUCAGAAGACAACCUUUAUCGGACAGAAAGAAUGUAAAUGUGUAAGUUAUUAUUAAUAUUUUUCUGGCACAAAACUGAUUUUGACUUUUUUUUUCUUGUUUUGAAUUGUUUCUAUAAUGAAUUUCAGUUUUGUGUAUUUAUUUUUUUGUGAUAAUUGUGAUGCUUUUUUCUGUUUCCUUUUUUCUUAUAAUCCUGAAACUUGAUUUGCUGUUGGUUUUUCAGCCAUGCCUCGGAUUAAUAAAAAAGGGAAAGUUACAACCGAGCCAAAAAUUUCUGUCAGUGUGGUAAUCGGAUGCUUUGCAUGAAUGGGCAAAAGGGAAAUUAUUGUUGAUGUUUCUAAGUGGUGUUUACUUUCCUUUUAAUUUUCAUCCUUCCUUAAGAUCAACUUGAAAAUUGUUGUAGACUUAUUUUGAAGACAUUUUUGCAAUCUAUUUAAUGUUUGCAGCUCUUCAGUUCCACUUACCUUAACAACCAGGCGGUGGUUUGAAUGACACUUUAAAAUGUAUAGCAGAGGGAUACCCAAAAAGAAAUAUAAAUAGCAUACCUUUGUCGGUCCUAACACAACCACAGUAGUAUUCUUUUCUGCUUCUAUUGACAAGCAGGAGCCCCUAUGCUGGUUGCCUUGCUAAAAGUAUUUUCCUUAUGUAACGGGUUGGUACAUUUACUUCUUAUCACAGCAUGGUGGUGAUAAUAUUGAGGUCUGUUAAGAAUACCUGAGCUAAAGCAAGAAUGCAGCAUUUCCAUCACAUACAUACUAACCAACAACAGUUAUUAAACAGGUUAGGUAACCGUGUUUAUUUAUUUUUGUCAUUGAAACCCUUUCAUAUUUUCAUUCUAACGAUUUCCCUUUAGUUUUAGUUGAAUAAACCUGUAUUUUGUUCAUAUAUGGGUAUUUAGCAAAUUUGGGCCUGGAAAACAUUAAACCAUCCAUGAAAGCAAUUCUGUCAGUAUAUAAACAUCAUGAACAGUGUUUUUUUUUAGGCAUGGAUCAUUUAUAUAUGAAAGUUUUUAUUUUGAUGUUGUUUAGAUUUCAAUUUACCAUUGAUGGUUUGAAUUGAACCGAUUCCCAUGUGGCAUUGCUUUUGUUUUGUAUUGUAAUUUCUUCUAAUAAAGAUUGUUAAAUACUUUUAA